GGGAUUUGCCAGGAAAGAGUACUGGAGUGGGGUGCCAUUGCCUUCUCCGCAGGGUCCAGUCUGGAUACCUCCAAUUAGCUGAUGGGGCUUCCCAAACUUAGCAGUCCUUAGACUUACUACCUCCCACAGUGGGGCUCCUCCUACAGGAACUGGAAACUCCUGUCAUUCCAGGUGUUCAGCCUGCCAACACCAGGGUUUGAUCAGUUUAAAGUCUGCCGCAGCUCUGCCUACUCCGCCCCACUUUUCUGCCUGCACCUGGUCCAGCCUUAUUAUUGCCCAUCUGAACCAGCGCAAUCCCUCUGGCCCAUCCAUCCCCUGGCUCCUCACCUCACCUCCAGGAUCUGUCCUCCCCACAACAGCCACCAGAGGGCGCCUGUGAGCACCUGAGUGAGAGCCCACCCUCACCUCCACAGUCUGUCUUCCCCACAGCAGCCACCGGAGGGCGCCGGCAGGUCACCUCCAGGCCUCUCCUGCUCCGGGUGGCUGUCAUGCCGGGGCUGGCAGCCGAGGAGGGGAUGGACGACUGGAGCCCAGCCCCGCCACUCUAUGAGGAGUACCGCCCGCCACCGCUGGACGCCAUCCGCCUGCCCAGGGGCGUGCUGUACCUGCUGCUGGCUGCGUUCCUGGUGGUGGCCGUGGCUUAUGCCAUUGUGGGCCAUCUCAUCAAGGACCUUGCCCACGAUCUGGCUGACUGGGCUUUUGGCCCGAAGCCGGAUCAGGAGGACGCCCCCCGGGAGCUGCCUGAGAGCCCCGAGGGCGAAGACCUGGAAGAGCUGGACCUGCAGCUGGCUCUGGCCUGGCGGGGCGAGGAGGACAUGGGUGGGGGUGGUGAGGGGACCCCUGCAGAAGCCCCCGACCGGGCCCCCCGCCGCCCCUCCAUUGCCUUCAAAGAUCCGCCAGUUCGGAGCUCCUUUUGGAAGCUGGGCUGAGUUGGGCCCUGCCCUGGGGCCCAGGAGGCCGGCUCCAACCCCUUUGGCAGUUUUAUUAAUAUAAAGCGGACUCAUGCCCAUCAGAGCCUUUUCUCCACUGAUCUGCGCUGUCUUGACAGAGAAAGCAUGGUCUUUCUUGGCUGGCAGGCUCCAGUGGUUGGACACUGUUUUAUUUGCAUGCUCUGGCUUCCCCCAUUCUGCCAGAGCCUAACCCAGCCCAGUUUCCACCAAGCCCUGGGCAACCUGUAAACCAAAAACACUAAGGAGAUUAAAAAAAAAAAAAAAUCUCACAACAAUAGCGGCCAACACCUAGCUAGAGUUGUGGGAUGCUAAGCAAGCUCUUUCUGUAUUUUAUUUCAUUCAGUCCUCUGAGGUAGGACUUAUCCACCCAUUUAUCAGAUGGGAAAACAGAGGCAUGCAGCCCAGAUGUGACUUAGUUGGAGUGGAGAGAAUUUUUUGCGGAAUGAGGCCAGCCCAGCCAGUAACCUGCCUGGGGCAGCAGAGGCAUGCCCCCUAGGCUCCUCCAUCUCCAGGUCCUCUCAGCUAGAUUAUGGGGUGGUCUGUCUCUGGGGGUCCUGACUUCCUAACUAGCCUGAGGCUAGGGGCCUACUUCCCUCCCGAGCUUUGCAUGCGGCAGGGCACACAGUGUGCCUGAUGGGCUGGGCUGACUGGGCUUGCCUUGGGCUCCACUCAGUGGCCCUCAUGGACCACGGCCAUGGUCAGAGCUCAGGAAGGGAGGGGGCAGUGAUGCUAGAGGCCUGGAGAAGGGCCAGGCCUCCCCACCCCAGUCUUCCUGCCAUGUGCCUGGGCCGUGGCUGUCCCAUGGCGGCUGUGGGGUAGGGUCCCCCUUCUGCCAGGCAGGGCCAUCUAUCUAAUCAACUUAGUGAUCAAGGUUGACACCCAGGACAGCUUUGGGCCUGAGUCAUCAGUGGCUCCGGGGCCCCAUUCUCCAGGGUUUGAAGGUGGACGGCGGCCCCUCCCUUCUUGCUCCUUGUGCUCUCCCUGGAGUUGGCUGUGCGUGCCCCGGGGUCAGGGAGCCACAAUGAAGCAGUAUAAGCUGGUGACGAGAGAGACCUUGUUCACAUCCCAGUGCUGGCUGUUUCUGCCCAGCCUGGCACUCCUGGCCUCCCUGUAAAAUGCAGGUGGCAAAAGUCUGUGGUGUGUGCAGAGAAAGAAAUGUAAUGAGGGGUAAAAGCACUGAGUCAGGAAGCAAGGUCAGGGCCAUCUCAGCUCUGCUCCUGUGGGGCGAGCCUGGGGGCCCCGCAGGCUGGCUGUCCAGGGGUGGGACACAGAGCACAGGGGCUGGACUCCCGAGUUAAUCGUUACAACCAGGUCCAGAGUCUGCCCUCCUGGAAGGCGGGGGAGAGGGUGUGGGAUGCCAACCAGGUGGGGCAAAGGGAGGGGCCGUCACUCGGGGCCUGCCCCGCCCCCAGACCCGCCUGCCCCCUUAUCAGGAGCUGGGCAGGGCCUCCCCUGACCCUGACGGGGGGACUGCACACUCCAGCACCCCGGCUGCUGGCUCCUCUGCACGAUGGGGACCUUAGGGAUCCUGCUUCUGCUCAUGGGUCUGCUCCUGUCGCCAGCUGAGGCCCAGAAGGAGCGCCAUCUGAAGCCCUGGCUUGUGGGCCUGGCUGCGGUCGUGGGGUUCCUGUUCAUUGUCUUCGUUCUCAUGUUGGCCAACCGCCUCUGGUGCUCCAAAGCGAGAGCUGAGGAUGAAGAGCGGCCCUCAUUCAGGAUGCAUCCCAACCCAUAUGAGGAGGUGGAUCUGAGAAAAGAAGACAAGAAGGGGAAGGCAGAGAAGGAGGAAAAGGCUGAGGAGAAAAAAGCUGGGAAGGGGGAAAAGGCCAAGAAGAAAGGAAAGAGAAACUUCGGGCUGGAGCUAGAGGAAAAUGAGGAGCGCAGGGACUACGAGAAAGUCAAGAACACGGCCAUGUGAAGAUUCAGUCACCUCCUCCAAGCAGCCCGCCAGAGAUGCCCCUUCCACACCCUAGAAGCAAUGAGCUGAACCUGAAGCCACUGUGGUGACUCCAUCUGAGGUUGAGAGUACAGCGCCCUGAAUGAAGAGGCUUGGAACCCUGCCCACUCCCCACCAAGGAGGGCUCUUCAUGUGUUAUGCAGUCUGUAUUGUUAGGAUUUGUUCUGUCUGGUGAUUCUUCUUGCACUCGGAGACCAUCCCUGGUUCCCGAGAAGCCCCCAACCCCCACAAUCUCACCGCUCCACCCACUUCUCCCCACUGCCUGACAUCUAUUGGCCAAAACCUCCUCCCUCCCGUUCAGCUUCAGGACGGACCAGUAUAGGCCAGGGACUGCCUCUUGGGGGAGAGCCUUUCAGAAGGGCUUCCGUUGUCCCCGGGGACUCAGUUUCCCCAGGAGGAGACAGUUUCGGGGGCUGGGAGCAACGCCCGGGCAGCUGUGGGAGACCAAACUCCACCGUGCCCAGGUGCUGGGCAGAUCAGAUGCUCCCCUUGCAAUCUUGAUCCUGCUGUCCUGAACCCUGAACUUUGAGCCCGAGGGCUGCCUCCUGGGAAAGCCUUGCUCCCCCCACCCCCGGCUUUUUGGGUCAUGUGAUUCCAUUUCCAGAAACUGGGUCUUGACGGGUGGGGUGCCUCUGGGUGCACCAUCUUGGGAGGGGACAAGCCUCCUCUGCUCUCCUCACUUUCUUUAGGCUCUGGACCUUGCCCUGGAUGUUAACCAUUUCCUAAUGAGAACUUUGAUAAAGGCUGGUGUUUAUCAUUUUA